ACUGUAGAAAAUCAACUAAAAGAGACUUUGGCUGAGAGAGCAAAAAUUCGAAAUGAGCUCGCUGGAUCUAAAUCUUGCAAUAGCAGGCUAGUGGCGGAAAUUUCAGCUCUUAAACAAGAAUUGCAGUCAUUAUACAAUAAAGCAAAUGAUAAUAAUAUUUUAAUUGACACGCUUACAAGAAAACAUAAGCAUAUCCAAGAAAGUAUUGAAGCUGAAAAGAAUAUUAUCCAGCGAAAUGCUGAUCGUUAUAACGAUGAACUCAGAAAGCUGAAACGAAAUCAUGAAGAAGACAUCAAAAUACUCGAUAAACUUCAGUUUAUGGUAUUUGAAAGGAAUCGCAUGAUUCUGGAGCUGCAAAAUGACACUACAGAAGGAUUAAAGACUUAUGUAGGUUGCGAAGAUGAAAAGACGGACUUCGCUUCAGAGGCAGAAGGAAAAACAGAAUCUGAAAAUGUGCCCGAAGCAAACGCAAAAUCUGUGGAUUCAAAGACUGUACAAUCUAAGACGGAUGUGAAUAAUUUAGAAGAUAAUAAAGAAAGUAAAGAGCAAGACGACAACAAAAGACAGUCAAAAAUUCAGAAACUCUCUAUAGAAUGUGCAAAGUAUAAAGCAUUACUGGAAGCUGCCCGAAUGGAAAGUGAUCAUAUAGAAUGUAUAAUCUCGAUGCAAGAAAGCAAGAUGAAUGAAAUAGCUAUGCAAGUUAUUGAAACAGAACGAUUGAUCGCAACGAAGAAUAUAGAAAAGAAAGAACUACUGGAAAAACUAAAGAAUCUCCAGAAAGCGAUUUCUGCAAAAAAGAAAAAAGCGAAGCUCUAUCUUCCACCCCAAAAUCGACUAGAAGAAUUACGAAUUAAAACUGAUGCCCAUAGAGAAGAAAAUGAUUUUCUGAGGAAUUUCUUACGGAAUACCUUGAAAAACAGAGGAGCAGAUUUUGUGCUUUAUCAAAAAUUAGUAUCGAAUGCAAAAGAAUAUUUUAUCAAUGCCUUGCAAGAUGUAACAAAUACCUUAAAGCAGAAAAAUUCCCCCGGAAGUGUUGAUUCGAAUAAUAUCGAUACACAUGAAGAAUUCACAUAAAAAGUACUUAAAGAUUCUUUACCAAAUAUUAAAUUUAAAAAAAUUCAUUAACUCAUUAUGUCGCAGCAAAUUAUUAUUUCUGUUUGCAAAGUAAAAAUACAACACCGUACACGAUGAAU